AUGCCCUCAAUCUGGGUCAUGUUUGCCUUCAUCCUCUACGAGGGCAUCCUCGGUGGAUUGUCCUACGUAAAUACCUUCUAUCGUAUACUUACUGAGGUUAGUUGUCAUCCUCUCUUCUAUUACCUGCCCUCGUCAUCCUGUUUGUCACUUUAAUAUCCUCGGCUUAGAUGAACGCAUAAGUCCAUAAGGCAGGCUGCACUGGGACUUGACCAGUUUUGGCCACUUAUCCGUGGUUGCGACGCAUACCUUGCUGAACUUGCUUUUGCGUGUUCUUUUCGCGCCGUCGCCUCAACUGGUGUAAUGCUUUAUAGUGCACACCGACGCCAUUGCUGACAUAUAAUUUGUAUCAUAUAGCCAGUUGCGAACUUGGGGGGGGGGAUCUUUGCCUUGAACCCCUAUCCGAGAGCGAAGUUGAUCGACAUUGGCAUGCGUUCCGGGGUUUCUGAGGUGCUUUUCAUCCAAGGUUAGUCGUAUUGUGUGUCAAUUCUUCUCAGCGCGCCUUCAGUAUGCAUAUUGUUUCGGUGCAAUCACUUUGUGGCCCAAAUUUAACAAAGAACUUUGGAGUAAACUCGUCGAAUCUGACUCAGUCCAAACUUUUAUGCAAUCACUCGAGUUUAUUAUUGCCAACUUCGUCUGAUAACGCCUUGUUUACACCUGCCGAACUGGUGAUAGUGCGUGAUGUGGACAGGCAUUUACUCCACCCUACUCUAUACUACCAUAUGGGCUUUUAGCUUGUACCCUUGUUAGGAGUAUGUUAGGGCAGAUUCCGGUGAAAUGUCAGUUUUGCUGGUGUAAACAUGCGCUCAACUGUUGAAGUUGGUAUUAUUCAACUCACAUGCUUAUUCAGAAGACGAGUUGAUCAGCAUACGUUACCUUCUAUAAAUUCUCUUUAGGCCAGUACAAUUAUAUGGAAACGGGGUAUAGUCCAACAUGCGAGUAAUUGAAAAAUCGAUAAUAGUUUUAAAACACAGGCGGGGCGAGAGCGGAAAGGCGAAGAAAUUUGCAUGCGGUUAGUCAAUUAAGUUGCCAAUGCUAACUAAUUAACUUUUCGACGAGGUACUUAGAACCAAGGGAUAAUGCUUCAAGUGAUGUUUUAUCAAGUGUCAUAUAGGAGUGGUUGUUUACUUACCGAUCUCGAUAUGCUCAGAUUAGCAAAGUUGAGAGAUCCAGGUUGAUUAUUUGAGGAAGAAGAAGAAGAAUAAAGAAGAGAAAAGAAAGAAGAAAGAAUAAAGAAAAAAAGAAAAAGAAGAAAGAAGAAGAAGAUAGGCUCACCGGAACAGGUUUAUUUAAAUGCUGACGUUUCAAAGAGCUGGGUCGGCUCUUCAUUGUCAAAGCGUAAAAUGCACUUAAUCGAUCAGAAAUUUAAUUUAAAGUUGCAUGUUUUGUUGGUCGGCCUCAUGCUGAUCGAUUUUUCUCUCCUCUCGCUGCCUCGGCCUCUCGGGAGAUGGUUGUCGGGCGUUUUGCCUGCACAGCAGAUGCCGCACCCACAGAGUUCAUUGCCGUUUGCGAGACAGAGGAUGGUUGCUGUUGAAGUGUAGGAUCUGUCUCGUGUCGGUGGAUUUUCGGAAUACUGUAGUUUGCAGCUGUCCAGUGGUACACCGGCGCACAAGUAAGUCAAGGACGGGCAGUUGGUUGUUUGUUUCUGCUUGCAUCGUAAAUUGGAUAUCCGGGUCAACCGAGUUUAGUAGUUCCUUUAGGUGCUCAAUGUCAGUUGUUUUGACAACGACGACGGUGUCAUCGACAUAGCGGGCCCAGAACUUUGGUUGAUACUUGGUGAACACCAAGUGUUCUACCCGUUGAAGAACUACUUCAGCGAUUAGGCGUGAUAUACGGGAGCCUAUAGGAGUGCAUUUUAUUUGUUCGUACAUGAGUCCACCGAAGGUGAAAUGGGUCUUGAGGCAGUAUCACAGAAGCUCGAGCAGAUGCUCAGACUUCAGGGGUUUGUCUCUCUCCUCAUAACACUCUGCCAGUAGUUGGUCCACAACGUCUAUCGCUAGUUGCUGUGGAAUGGAGGUGAAGAGCGAAACGACAUCAAAGGAUACCAUGGACUCGUCUGGCUCUAACUUCAGAUGUGUUAUGCGUUCGAGGAAUUGAUAUGCAGAUGCUACUGCUGUUGGUGAGCCUUCUGUGAUACUGCCUCAAGACCUUUUUCACCUUCGGUGGACUCAUGUACGAACAAAUAAAAUGCACUCCUAUAGGCUCCCGUAUAUCACGCCUAAUCGCUGAAGUAGUUCUUCAACGGGUAGAACACUUGGUGUUCACCAAGUAUCAACCAAAGUUCUGGGCCCGCUAUGUCGAUGACACCGUCGUCGUUGUCAAAACAACUGACAUUGAGCACCUAAAGGAACUACUAAACUCGGUUGACCCGGAUAUCCAAUUUACGAUGCAAGCAGAAACAAACAACCAACUGCCCGUCCUUGACUUACUUGUGCGCCGGUGUACCACGGGACAGCUGCAAACUACAGUAUUCCGAAAAUCCACCGACACGAGACAGAUCCUACACUUCAACAGCAACCAUCCUCUGUCUCGCAAACGGCAAUAAACUCUGUGGGUGCGGCAUCUGCUGUGCAGGCAAAACGCCCGUCAACCAGCUCCCGAGAGGCCGGGUCAGCGAGAGGAGAGAAAAAUCGAUCAGCAUGAGGCCGACCAACAAAACAUGCAACUUUAAAUUAAAUUUCUGAUCGAUUAAGUGCAUUUUACGCUUUGACAAUGGAGAGCCGACCCAGCUCUUUGAAACGUCAGCAUUUAAAUAAACCUAUUUGGGUGAGCCUAUUUUCUUUGAACGGUCUGGAUCUUUCGGAAACCGUGAUUGUGGUUUCAUUUCAUGCGCACUUCUAAGGAGCGCAGAAAUUUUUUCCUCUCCUCGUUUUCUUCCUAUAGACUGAGUGUAGUUGCCGAAUUCUUGUCUUUCGUCAUCCGUCAGGGUGUCAAGGAGGGCUGUGCUUUGACACACAUGACGCCCAAGUUCUAUUUUUACGAGGGUACUUUCCAGUUGAUUCUUAGCGUAUCUCUUUAGGGUUUCUACAUGUAGCUCUAAUGCAUAUAUAAAGUUAGUGCCGCGCCUUGCAUGUCCGGUUACGACUACGUAAGUCACAGUGUGUUCCUUGUCUUUGGAAUAAAUUGUAAAAUUCGCUCGCAACACUGGAUUGCUACCAGAAGCCACGUGGACAAUGCUGAUGUUCCUAGCCCCGCUCAACUGCACAUGCAGCGGCAGAAAUCCGAUGAAACGCAUGUCUGAUCUUUAGGUUGAUAUCCGUGCUGUGAUUAAGAUAAUAAACAUAUGAGCGCGCAUUGUGCGUUUCCAAACAAAACCCUUAUUAUAUCAUUUUAGACAGAGCCGGCCUACAAAGAGUACGUGAUGUCGAUCGCAGCAUUUGCGGAUGGGUUAGGCAUUACUGCUGCCGCUCUCCUCUCGAUUCCUUUGCACAACGCACUCUGUCGCCUACUCAGUUAG